AUGACCCUGCGCAAAACACCGGCUCACUGUAACCAACACUUACUUCCGCCUCCCGAUGCGAGAGAAUGUCACCUUGAGGCAUCCUCAGUUGCGAAACUGGCACCUGCUGGACUAUGUCCUCGUCCGGAGGCGAGACCAACGGGACGCGCUGGGGACAAAUGCGAUCCCGGUUGCCAACGGGUGUCCGACCAUCGCCUCGUCAUGUCCAAGAUACGCGGACCGCAAAGAAUGGAAGAACUUCUUCUCCGCGAUCAAAGCUGUCUACGGUCCACCAACCAAAAUGUCAGCGCCGACGGUCCUACCCUACUCACUGAAAAAAAACAAAUUUUACAGCGAUGGGCCGAGCACUACCAAGGCGUCCUCAACCGACCCUCCACCAUCUCCGGCUCCGCCAUCGUCCCACUGCCGCUAGUGGAGACCAACGUCGACCUCAACCUCCCGCCCUCUCUCUACGAAACCAUCAGGGCCGUGCAACAGUUCUCCGGCCGGAAGCGCCCGGAUCGGACGCGAUCCCGGCUGAGGUCUACAAGCACGAUGGCCUCCAACUCAUGGAUUAUCUGA